AACAGCUACACAAAUGCAGGAAAACAUCCGGAAAGACCCUCGGUCGUCCUUCAGGUCGCCAGAACUUGGAAUAUUUACAAGGACUUGUUUACUCAUCGGUAUUCCUGGACAUAUAUUUGCAAUAAAACAAACAUGACGACUUCUUCCCUUGGUGCGUUAGAUCCCGGCGACCCUCGUCUAAAACUGAGGGUGGAAAACAGAAUACAAAAUAUUUUUGUAACACAAUCGGAGGACAACAGGAACCAAAAGGAGGAACAUGUUAACCACAUACCUGUUGUGACAGAGACUUCAGGCAGAGUCCUCGAGGCAGGGGUGAACACUUUACAAAAGACCCUGGUUCUGAAGAAACAGGCUGAGUUGGACGUGGUGGAUCAGCAACUUGCAGUAAAACGGGCAGUGUUUAAGAGCCGUGUGGAGGGUCUAGCUCAGAGAAGGUCUGAACUGGAAUUAAAAUCCACCCAGACUCAAGAGAGGGCUAUCAAGUUUGAAAAGUUUGCGGCUGAAAAUGAAGCGAAGCGACGCCGAGCUCAGAAGAAGUACGAGGCCGCACGGGAGCUGAACAUUUCCAAACAGAGAGAGAUAGAAGCUCACACAGAACAGUUCAAACAACUUAAAGCCAGACAUGAAGUGUUAAAGGAGAGAGAAUGGCAAAACAACAAAAUCUUUGAGGACUACUUGAUGAAAAACAUGGAACAAACUGCAUAUCUCUUUCAGCUUACCCUCGAUAAUGGGUCUGAAUCUUUGGUGAUGCCCAUCAUUCGGCGCCAUGAGACCCUGUCCAUCACCCACCGGGACUUACUAACACUAAAGCGUUGGGGACAUCUGGAGGAGGAGGUGGAGCAGGGCCAGCGACAACUGCAGAUCAUGAAGCAGGAGCACAGUAUUAAAAAAUUGAUGGCCAAUAAGGAACUUUCUGAGCUCCAGAGUGAGUUAGAAACCCUCAAAGAGAAGAACGAGCAGGCAGAGGUUAACCUGCUGAUGGAGCAAGGCCUGUCCAGAGAGAAGGUUAAGGAAGUAGGCUGCCUACUUAUGGCCAUCAACAACCUGGCCGACCUGUGUUAUAUAGCAACAUAUGGACCUCUGGAAAACAUGAACAUACUGACAAAGAUGGACAUGGUGAAGGAGUACAUCCAGGACAAGGCAGACACAGAGAGGAGAGCGAGGAGACUGAUGGAGUCGGGGUCUGCCAUCACAAGUAGAACAGCUCUGACAGACAAAAGAGAGAAGGGAUCAAUCAAAAGUAUGGGCAGUAAAACACAAAUAAAAAAUUCAAGUAAAGUCAGUAGAAAGAGUGAGACAAUGAGUUGAUGUAGAAUGUUUACAAUGUACCAUGGUGUCACUGCUUGGAGUGUAACAACCAAUGACCAGGAUGAAGACUGUAAGGGCUGCAGAAAAGUUUGACAAAUAAACAAAUCUAUCAGUCAA